CCCAAAUUGGCUCCGCAGAGAGAGCCCAUCCCCCAACGCGCCCCGGGCCGCCGUGCCCCCCCCCCCCCCCGCCAGCCCGCGCCGGGCGAUGCCGCGGAGGCCGCGGCCGCGUGGCGGUCCCAGCGCAGGGCGCGCCGCGGAGGCCGCGCGGUCGUAGCCGCCAGCGCGAAGGUUUGGAUUGCGGGGCGCUCCUGGAUGUCCGACUUGCUGCGCAAGCACAUCGGCUCGAGGAGAGAGUUUCCGCCGUGGAAGAACGUGAAGUUCAGGUGCUCCUUCCACAACACGGUCUACGACGUGCUGAAGGCUCGCGGCUUCAAGGAAAGUGAUUCCGAGCAGGAUUGGGACGUGUUCUGGUGCGACAAGGAGUGGAUCCAUGAGGUGUUCGACCACAUCCACCUCCAGCCACAUCAGCGGGUCAACCACUUCCGCAACCACUACGAACUCACCCGCAAGGACCUCCUGGUCAAGAACAUCAAGAAAGCUGAGCGCCAGGCCCGCCGCGACGGCAACCUGGAGGAGGCCGCGUCCUACUACGCGUGCUCCCCGACCACCUUCGUGCUGCCCCAGGAGUACUCCAUGUUCGUCGAGGAGUUCAAGAAACAGCAGAGCGCGGGGGCGAUCUGGAUCAUGAAGCCCGUGGGCAAGUCGCAGGGCAAGGGCAUCUUCUUGUUCGACAAGCUGAGCCAGAUCUCCGGGUGGCGACAGAAGCCCGAGUGGAUGCGCAGGGAUGAGGAUGCGGGCAAGAGGGGCGGCGGCGACAAGGACGAGGACGAGAAGGGCCAGGCCGAGCCCUACGUCGUGCAGCGCUACAUCUCCAACCCGCUGCUGAUCGGGGGGAAGAAGUUCGACCUCCGCCUCUACGUCCUCGUCACCAGCUACGCCCCCCUAAGCGUAUGGAUGUACCGCAGCGGCUUCGCCCGCUUCUCGCACGCCCGCUUCUCCAUGGCGGACUUGUCAGACGCACAGGUCCACCUGACCAACGUUGCUGUGCAGAAACACAACGAGCAUUACGACGAGAAGCGCGGCGGCAAGUGGGACCUGCACAAUCUGAAGCUGCACCUGAUGUCCCUAGAGGAUCCUGAGAAGGUCAAUGAGCUCUUCUACGGGAUCCAGGACAUCGUGCUCUACUCGCUGCUGUCCGUGCAGAAAGCCAUGAUCCAGGAUAAGCACUGCUUCGAGCUCUACGGGUACGAUGUUAUGAUCGACAGCGACCUGAGGCCGCUACUGAUCGAGGUCAAUGCGUCGCCGUCGCUCUCCGCAAACACGCCCACAGACUACGACAUGAAGUUCGCGCUGCUGGACGACACGCUGACCAUCCUGGAUUUCGAGAAGUACCUCGUGGGCACCGAGACUCAGGUGGGCGGCUUUGACCUGCUGUAUCGGAACGGGGCGCGCCUCGGGCCGCCCCCGCGCGCGAGCUUCAAGUCCUACCUGGGCUGCCACAACGACCGCGAGCAGCAGCUCCGGCGCAUGGCCAUUGCCUACGGCGCGGAGCAGGAGCGGCGGCGGCCUGGGGCGCAGCCGCCGCCGCCGGCGCCGCCACCGCCGGGCGCCCUGCGCCGGGAGAGGAGCGGCGGGGCCCAGGGCGCAGCGCGGCGGGCGAAUACCGGCCGCUGA